AUGGACAACCUGUUCAGGGGCAUGAGGCACGUGGCAGUGUACUUGGACGACAUCCUGGAUGCCGGGCUGAAGCUCAAGGUGGAGAAGUGCAUCUUCUUGGCCCCCAGCGUUGAGUACCUAGGCCAUGUCAUUUCUCUGGCAGGCCUGGCCCCGGCACCUCACAAGGUUGAAGCGGUGCUCAAGGCGCCCAAGCCCCAGAACAAGAAAGAGCUGCAGAGCUACCUCGGCCUCAUAAACUUCUACAGGACCUUCCUGCCGAACCUGUCAUCGCAUCUGCAGCCACUCCAUCUUCUGCUUCGAGAUGGACAGCAGUGGGCCUGGAGGAAGGAACAGGACUUGGCCUUCCAGCGCAGCAAAGAACUUAUCACCAAGGCUCCAGUGCUGGUGCACGUCAAUCCGGCCAAGCCUGUCAUCCUGACGGUGGAUGCGUCACCGUACGGUGUGGGAGCCGCCCUGGCCCACCGGGAGAAGAAUGACCAGGAACGCCCCAUAUCGUUCGUGUCCCAGCGCUUCCACCAGUACCUGUGGGGCCGGAGGUUCGAGGCGGUCAUGGACCACAAGCCGCUGCUGGGCACUGCUGGGGCCCGACAAGGCAGUUCGAGUGCAGGCGUCGCCUGGAGUGUUCCUGAACCUGCUGAAGUGUUCAUGCUGGAGCACGCUUACCCGGAGGUGCUGUCCAGAUCGGCAGUGUCGCAGGCAACGAGCCGGGACUUGGUCCUGUCACAGGUGGUCAAGGCGGUGUCCCGAGGGGAGGAGUUGGCUGAACGGACGUACAGCCAUAAGCCCGCCGAGCUGAGCCUGCAGCAGGGCUGCCUGCUGUGGGGCUCCAGGGUGGUGAUUCCGCAGAGCCUGCGGUCCAGGAUCCUGCAGUUGCUGCACGCGGGCCAUCCAGGCGUGGAGAAGACCAAGAUUGUGGCCCGGUCCCAUGUUUGGUGGCCUGGCCUGAACCAGGACAUCGCUCGCAUGGUGCAGAGCUGCCAGGCCUGCCAGGAGAACCAGCGAGCCUCGCGCCACGUGAAGAUCACCCCCUGGCCGUUCCCGGAGAAGCCGUGGUCCCGCCUGCCUGUGGAUUUUGGGGGCCCCUUCAAGGGCCACUAUUUCCUGGUGGUGGUGGACACUUUCUCCAAGUGGGUGGAGGUACUGCCAGUCACCACUCCCUCGGCAGGGGCCACCAUUGCGGCGUUGCGGCAAGUCUUCGCAGCCCAGGGGCUGCCAGACCUCAUCGUGUCCGACAACGGUCCUGCUUUCGUCAGCAAGAAGUAUCUGGCCUGGCUGACGAAGAACGGCAUUUGCCGGAUGAUGGUUCCGCUGUACCACCCCACGUCGAAUGGUGCUGCCGAGCGGGUGGUACAAACAGUCAAAGACAAGCUCAAGAAGAGCAAGGGUGGGGAUGUCCGGACGCAGGUUGCCCGAGCCCUGUUUCAGUACUGGACCACACUCCACGACGUCACGGGCCGUGCCCCCUGCGAGCUCCUGAUGAGCCGGAUGGUGAAGACACCAUUGGACGUCUCGCACCCUGACCUCCGGUCCACAGCGCUCUUGAAGCAGCUCAAGCAGAAGCUGGUGGCUGACCGAGGUUGCCGUCCUGGGCCGUUGUCGGAGUCUGGGGCUCCGGUCUUCGCCCGGAACUUCCGGCCUGGUCCACCCUGGUCUGCCGGGGGGCACGUGGUCUCUCCAGCCAGUGCAUCGUCACUGCUCGUUCGCAUGUCGGACGGGACCACGUGGCACCGGCAUGCUGACCAUGUGAGGCCUCGUCUGGCGACCUCAGCCGCCGCCCCUUCAGGAAGCCAGCAGGCAAGGGAGCCAAGUGCAGUGACGGAUGCCAGCACAGCACCAGGUGCUGGUGCUACUCGCACCACUGUGACGCCGCCUGCGAGUCCAAGGACACCAGCAAGGCGGGCAGACAGUGCGACAGCGACGCAGGCAGCGCCUGAUGUGGCCACACCUGCGACACCCGUGCUGAGGCGGAGUGCGAGGCACCGGAGACCGCCAGACCGCUACUUGCCGGGUUGA